UAAACACCAGAUGAUUUGUUUGUAACCUACAUCCUGAGAAAUUAACUAUCAAAUGCCAGACUUGCAAACAUCCCGACACAACCUGAAAGCAGCACGGCGUUUGCUCUCCUGAASUCGGGAAAUCAGUGACCCCUGCAGGACAAGCUGACUUUGACACGUCAGCUGGAUCUUUACAGACGGGUCAUUCAACCCGGCUGCUCUUAUCAACUCCACGUUUGUUGCUGUCGUUUAACCAUGCACUGCCUCAAAGCGCUGCGACUGUCAGAACUUCUACAAGUUAUUUCCAAAAAUACAAAUACGAUGAGGAAUUUUCUCUCCAUACAUCCAGCAUGUUGUUUGAUCAGAAAUUCAACAAYUACAUUUCAGCGACGAACUUACACCCACCCGGAUCAUUUCCAUAAUAAAAUGAACAUGCAUUCCACAUCUCCCAGUUCUGGAGUGGAAAACAUGCUUUUCUACACCAUCACCGAAGGAAGAGACCAAGUGCCCAUUUCAUACUUUAAUGCUGCACUGAAAAAAACUGGCCUUCAGCCCUCAGACCCUCGGCUCAGAGAGUGCAUGGAGAAGCUUCGRCGGACUGUGACGGACUCUGUUGGUGAGGUGAUGAUGGACAGAGACCUUUUCCACAGAUGUGUCGGUGGCAACAUUGUUCUGCUGAUCCAGGCCUUCCGGAAAAAAUUCAUCAUCCCUGARUUUGAUGUGUUUGCAGAGAAAAUCAAUGAAAUCUACAAGACAGUACAAGAACAAAGUGAUGGCAAGGUUGCUGACUACAUCCCUCAGCUGGCCAAGUUCAGUCCAGAAUUAUGGGGUGUUUCUUUAUGUACAGUCGAUGGGCAGAGGCAUUCUGUUGGUGACACAAAGCAGCCCUUCUGUCUGCAGUCAUGUGUGAAGCCCUUGCAGUAYGCCAUCGCUGUCCAYGAGUCUGGAACAGAGAAGGUCCACAACUAUGUCGGCAUGGAGCCCAGCGGACUCAAGUUCAACGUUCUUUCUCUUGAUGAGGAAGAUAAGCCUCACAACCCSAUGGUGAAUGCUGGAGCCAUUUUGAUCAGCUCUCUUAUCAAGCCUUUCUCAAAUAAGGCAGAAAAGUUUGACUAUGUUAUGGAGUUUGUGAAAAARAUGGCCGGCCAAGAAUAUGUUGGAUUUAGCAAUGCCACGUUUCAGUCAGAAAAGGAAACUGGUGACAGAAAUUUUGCCAUUGGUUACUACAUGAAAGAGAAGAAGUGCUUUCCUCCAGGAGCUGAUAUGAUUGAUGCCCUUGAUUUUUACUUCCAGCUUUGUUCCAUUGAGGUGUCCUGUGAAUCAGGAAGUGUCAUGGCUGCUACUCUGGCUAAUGGAGGGAUCUGUCCAAUCACAGGCGAGCGAGUCUUGAGUGCAGAGGCAGUGAGAAACACGUUGAGCCUCAUGCAUUCCUGUGGCAUGUACGACUUCUCUGGCCAGAUGGCUUUUCAUGUGGGCUUGCCGGCAAAAUCCGGAGUGUCUGGUGCAAUACUGCUGGUGAUYCCUAAUGURAUGGGAGUGAUGUGUUGGUCCCCACCUUUGGACAGAGUUGGGAACAGUGUUCGGGGAAUACACUUCUGUGAGGAGCUGGUUUCACAGUUCAAUUUCCACAAUUACGACAAYCUGAGGCACUUUGUAAAGAAGCAAGACCCCCGUCGGCAGGAUGGAGAUGACAGGAACAAGUCUGUUUUCAACUUAAUGUUUGCUGCCUUCAGCGGGGAUGUGUCAGCACUGAGAAGGUACCMAAAGCUUUGGCUUUUAUUUGUCCUGUUUCUUUACAUCUGGUCUGAAUAAUAACACAACAAUAUGAACAACAAAUUGAAUCAAGGAGGAACUCUGUUUAAAGUUAUAAGCAUGAACUGUUGCUUGGCAUAGAUUUCCACCAGUUGUAGUUUCAUGUUUAUUUUAGUGCUUAUUAUGACAAACAAUACAAUACAGGAGRUMAAUAAUUUUUUAUAACAGUGGUAUGUGCACAAAAUKUAUUUCUAAGUAUGUAAUUGGUCUUUUACAACAGUACACAAUAAAGUGGGCAAUGAGUGCAGAGUUGUAUAACUAUUGUACAAUUUUGGUCAAUAAAUUACACUUAGAUAUAUGUUUUUUUUCAAGGGUUUGCUUAU